AUGUCUCGUCCAAGUCUAGUGUCGAGAUGGUUUCGCGUGUCUGCUGUAGCAGAGCUGCCAAGCAGACUUGUACGCGGAUUUGCAAGUAAGGCACCGACACCGGAUACCCAUGGUACCUCGCUGUUUUCGCGCUUGAAGCAGUGGCAUGUCGCUCGUGUUCUGUGUCAAUCACUCACAGGCGUGCCUUUUCGCUUUGAUCGACUGACAGAUGUGCAGGAGCGUGUUUUUUCUCUAUUCCCUGACAUUGCCAAGAGCUCUACUAUGCUUCCUGAUGGCCAGGGACGUGAUCUCUUGUGCAAAGCUCGUACGGGUACUGGAAAGACGGUGGCGUUCCUUGUACCUGCUAUCCAAGCGCGCUUGAAUGCUCUUGAAAACAUCGAUAAAAACAUCCUCACACCCUCUUUUGAACGCUAUAUGAAUGAGAAAUAUCCGGCGGAUAUGAAGGAAAAUUUGUCGCCCAAGCAACUGAAGCACAUCAAGUCGAUCUUUCGUCGCGAGAGUGUAGGCACACUUGUGAUUUCGCCUACGCGAGAGCUUGCUAUGCAAAUUGCCGAAGAAGCCAAAAAGCUCGUCCGUGAUGAUCACCGAAUUGGUGUGCACUUGCUUGUGGGCGGUGUGAAAAGCAUUCGGCAACGUCGCCCAUGGGAAAUGAAGAACCGUGAUAUUGUGGUCGCCACCCCAGGUCGGCUCUUGGAUUUGAUGAGCAUGCCCAUGUUCCGUGACUCGUUAUCGACGACGCAGACCCUGGUUUUGGAUGAGGCAGAUAUGCUCCUGGAAAUGGGGUUCCGCGAGGAUAUUCAGUCUAUUAUUGCGCAACUGCCAUCGGUGGAAGAGCGUAUGACGUUUCUUUUUAGUGCGACGAUGGAUGCCGACAUUGCUGCCAUUGCUCGCGCCUCGCUGCAUGAGCAGCACCGUGUGAUUGAUUGUGUGCCACCUGGCGAAGACAAUGUUCACACCAAGGUUCCGCAAAUGGUGACGACACUAGGCCAUCCAAACGAGGCUCUUCCUCACUUGCUGCGUCUGAUCUCGCACGAUCAGCUUUUGCAUGGAUCUGACAGUAAGAUAAUGAUUUUUACGCCGACCACCAAAACGACGGAUAUGCUCUACAAGAUACUGCAAGAUAUGCAGCCAGCGUUCCCCACGACCUCUGAAACGCGUGUCUUCCGCAUUCACAGCUCCUUGGAUCAGGCGAAACGCUCCAAGAUUAGCCAGCAAUUCCGGCAAUGCAAGUCGCAGCCCAACAUUAUGGUCACCAGCGAUGUCAGUGCUCGUGGCGUGGACUACCCGUCCGUGACGCGUGUUAUCCAGCUUGGAGUGCCGCCUUCGAAAGAAAUGUAUGUGCAUCGUGUGGGUCGCACAGGUCGACGUGGACGAGACGGUCGUGCGGAUCUGGUAAUUUCGGACUUUGAGAAUGCCUUUGUGGCGUUUGAACUGAGCGACAUCCCAGUGGUAGCGCUGGACCAGUACGAAUUUGAACAGGAAGUGCUGGACUUGGCUUCUUCUUCCCAUUCGGCUGUGCGCGAUCGACUGCAGGAUGCUGAGCUGGGCCGUAUUAUUGCCGCAGCGCAGACGCGUGUGGAUCCGACGAACGUCCAAGGUGUAUUUUCCAGCUUAUUUGGGUAUUACUAUUCCAUGCGGCAGCUGCUACGCACAGCCAAUGCAAGUAUUUUACAUGCGGUACAAGACUGGGUUGUGGGCUUGGUCGGUCUAGACAGCCGCCCUGCCCCUACCUGGGCUAUGCGCCAAAUGCUGAGCUCUUCGUCGUCCAGCCAGACCACGUCAAAGAAACGAUCAUACACAAAGAAAGAUCGGUCCUUUUCCAAGCCCUUUUCUCGUACAAACCAGUCUGGGUACCCUAAGCAAAAGCAUACCAAGGUGUACAAGACGCCAUUCUAA